AUGAUCCUCCAGCUAGUACUCACGCUCCGAUACGCCCUGGUGAACCCAAGUAAAGCCGUUCGCUGGAGUGUUGCCUACUGCUCUUCCGUCGGUGCGAGCUUCAUGUGGGGAGCCGAGAGGCAAUCAUCAGUAAAGGAUUCGUCCGGAUACUUCUUGAGAAUCGAUAUUGACUUGAACGGACAUCGAUUGAAGGAGGAAGCGAACAGGAGGGCGAGAGGUGCCUCUAUGAAUCGACUUUGUGCUAACAUUGGCCGAUUCGAUAUCCCGAAGCCGCGAGAACCCAACCACUCCUGCCGUGUUUGCCACAGAGGUCGCAGAGGUUACAGAGGUUGGAGAUUGCUGCGCUGGGAGCUGAGUAUUGCGCUGCUGAGGCCUGAGCUGAGCAGAACGAGAAGGCGGCGUUGCCACGCGGCAGAGCCAUCUACCAGCUGCCUCCUGCAUCCUGUCCCCAUCGUCGCUGCCGAAGCAGUGGCUGCAUUAGAUUUUCCCAAAGCAGGAUUCCGCUCCAGCUCACAAGGCCAGGCCAACUCAGCAGUGGCUGCAAAAGAACAUCCCAUAGUUCAUCUCUGCCUCGGAUUGGCCCUCAGGAAGCCCUGA